CAGAUAUUGACAGGCGCUUCUCAGAGAGUGUCAAGGAGCUAGCCAAGUUGGAAAGUCCAGCAAAGUUUUGUCAUCAUCCUACAAAAGAACGAAAAAACAGGAAAUCUAGAAAGUUUUUAGCGAUAGGAUGUCGGAAGUGGCGGAGAGCGAGGGAUGCAUCGCCAAUCCGGCCAGAAGCGACAUCCGAGCCCGGGUGCAGCAGUUCUUAGAGGAGAGGAUGCAGACCACAAUGCUGACCGGCGUGUUAAUCGGAGCAGUGGUGGCCAUCUCUCUGAUCGGCAUCGUGGUCCUGUUCCUCUACAGGAGAUACAAGCUGUCCCAGGGCCAGCAGGGAGGCGUCCCUCGCUACCGCUUCCGGAAAAGAGACAAAGUGCUGUUCUACGGCAGGAAGAUCAUGAGGAAGGUCCAGACCCUGUCUUCUCCCCCUUCCUCCAGCUCGCUGUCCAAGCAGCAGCAGCAGCGUAGCCGUAAGAGACCCAAAGUGCUGAGUAUCGCCCGCAGGAUCCUGCGCAUCCGCCGGGAACCCCCCACCCUGCAGCCGAAAGAGCCGCCGCCCUCUCUGCUGGAGGCCGACCUGACGGAGUUCGACGUGCAGAACUCCCACCUCCCCUCCGAGGUGCUCUACAUGCUGAAGAACGUCAGGGUGUUGGGGCACUUUGAGAAGCCUCUGUUCUUGGAGCUGUGCCGGCACAUGGUGUUCAUGGAGCUGCAGGAGGGGGAGGGGCUGUUUCGCCCCGGCGACAGGGACGACAGCAUCUACGUGGUGCAGGACGGCCGCCUGGAGCUCUGCAUCAACGAGAGCGAUGGCACGGUUCCAGUGGUGAAGGACGUGCUGCCAGGAGACAGUGUGCACAGUCUCCUCAGCAUCCUGGACAUCAUCACUGGGUACCCCGCUCCCUAUAAGACUGUGUCCGCUCGGGCAGCCUCCAGGUCCACCAUACUGCGCCUGCCGGCCUCCGCCUUCCAGUCUGUGUUUGAGAAAUACCCAGAGACCCUGGUCCGGGUCAUCCAGAUCAUCAUGGUUCGCCUGCAGAGAGUGACCUUCCUGGCCCUGCACAACUACCUGGGGCUGACCACUGAGCUCUUCAACCCGGAGAGGCAGGCUGUGCCCCUGACGUCGGUGGCCAGUGUGAUCGGGGACACCAGCGGGGGCAGGACAGGACGACGGCAGCAAACACACACGCCUGCAGAGGAGGAGCCUGCCUCAGAACCCACUACAGAUACAGACGGAGCGAAAGGCGGCCAGUCAGACACCAUCAGGAAGUCCCGUUCCAUCUCAGCGCCUGCAGACAGCGCAGGGGUGACUGGAAACGACCUGAACAUGGCCUACGAACGGGCCAGGGUCACCAUCGAUGACCCUUCCUCCAGUCCUGCCACAGUGCACAAGUCGAUCCUGAAGAAGACGGUCACCAUGCAGCAGACUCCCUCGGCUGUGUUUCACUACACGGACAGCGGGGGGCGCUCUGACCACGUCCCUCCCAGUAAGAUCAACUCCAUCUUCCAGGCAGCCAAGAACGAUCUCCUGGGACUCAUACCGCUGCAGGACCCCAGUCUGUUAGAGGGGCGUGUCACUCUACACCAGGUGAAGGCCGGCUCAGUAGUAGCCCAUCAGGGUGACCAGGACGUGUGCGUGCAGUUUGUCAUUUCGGGGCUGCUGCACGUGUACCAGCGCAUGAUCGACUGCGAGAAGGACACGUGCCUGUUCGUCACGCACCCCGGGGAGCUGGUGGGGCAGCUGGCCGUCCUGACCGGGGAGCCCCUCAUCUUCAGCGUGCGCGCCCAGAGGGACUGCACCUUCCUGGCCAUCUCCAAAACGCACUUCUACGAGAUCAUGCGUGCAGAGCCCAGUGUGGUGCUGAAUGUGGCGCACACGGUGGUGCGCAGGAUGUCCUCCUUCGUCAGGCAGAUCGACUUCGCCCUCGACUGGAUGGCUGUGGAGGCCGGCCGUGCUGUCUACAGGCAGGGGGAUAAGUCUGACAGCACCUUCAUCGUGCUCAGCGGCCGGCUGCGCUCUGUCAUCCUGAAGGAGGACGGCAAGAAGGAGCUGACCGGGGAGUACGGCCGCGGAGACCUCAUCGGGGUGGUGGAGGCUCUGACGCACCAGAACAGAGCCACCACGGUGCACGCGGUGCGGGACUCGGAGCUGGCCAAGCUGCCAGAGGGGGCGCUCAGCUCCAUCAAGAGGAGAUACCCGCAGGUGGUGACCAGACUCAUACACCUGCUGGGGGAGAAGAUCCUGCAGCAGGUUAAUGGUCCUCUUACAGCUCGCAGUCUGGCCCUGCACACUCCCAGCAGUAAGUGGGACACGGGUAACCCCGCCUCCAACCUGUCCACCGUCACCAUCCUGCCGGUGUCCGAGGACGUGCCGCUGACCGCCUUCACCCUGGAGCUGCAGCACGCCCUGAGUGCCAUCGGCCCCACCCUCCUCCUCACUAGUGACAUCAUCAAACAGCGCCUGGGAUCCGCGGCACUAGACAGCGUGCACGAGUACCGGCUGUCCAGCUGGCUGGGGCAGCAGGAGGACAUCCAUCGCAUCGUGCUCUACCAAUCGGACGGCACGCUCACGCCCUGGACGCAGCGCUCCAUCCGCCAGGCCGACUGCAUCGUCAUCGUGGGCCUGGGGGAGCAGGACCCGGCCGUGGGGGAGCUGGAGCGCAUGCUGGAGAGCAGUGCAGUGCGGGCUCAGAAGCAGCUGGUGCUGCUGCACCGUGAGGAUGGAGCGCCCCCUAGAGGCACGGUGGACUGGCUCAACAUGCGCAGCUGGAUCUCCCGCCACCACCACCUGUCCUGCCCCCGCAGGGUCUUCACCAAGAGGAGCCUGCCCAAACUGAGAGAGAUGUACGAGCGGGUGUUCCAGAAGCCUCCGGACCGCCACUCGGACUUCUCCCGCCUGGCACGCGUCCUGACGGGCAACGCCAUCGCCCUGGUGCUGGGGGGAGGCGGAGCCAGGGGCUGCUGUCAGGUGGGCAUCCUGAAGGCUUUGAGCGAGGCCGGCAUCCCCGUGGACCUGGUGGGCGGCACUUCCAUCGGCGCCCUGAUGGGGGCGCUGUACGCGGAGGACCGGAGCCACAGCCGCAUGAGGGUGCGAGCGCGGGAGUGGGCCAUGGAGAUGACGUCAGUGUUUAAGAAGGUUCUGGACCUCACCUACCCCGUCACCUCCAUGUUCUCCGGCGCGGCCUUCAACUCCGGCAUCAACGCCGUCUUCAAGGGCAAGCAGAUCGAGGACCUGUGGAUCCCAUAUUUCAACAUCACCACUGACAUCAGUGCCUCCGCUAUGAGAGUGCACACUGACGGCUCUCUAUGGAGGUAUGUCCGUGCCAGUAUGUCUCUGUCUGGGUACCUGCCCCCCCUCUGUGACCCCAAAGAUGGACACCUGCUCAUGGACGGGGGCUAUAUCAACAACCUGCCAGCGGACGUGGCGCGGUCCAUGGGUGCUAAGGUUGUGAUCGCCAUUGACGUGGGCAGCCAGGACGAGACGCACCUCACCAACUACGGCGACUCCCUGUCCGGCUGGUGGCUCCUAUGGAAACGCUUCAACCCCCUGGCAGAGAAAGUCAAGGUGCUGAACAUGGCGGAGAUCCAGACGCGGCUGGCCUACGUGUGCUGCGUGCGGCAGCUGGAGUCGGUGAAGAGCAGCGAGUACUGCGAGUACAUCCGGCCGCCCAUCGACCGCUACCGCACGCUGGAGUUCGGCAAGUUCGACGAGAUCGCCGAGGUGGGCUACCAGCACGGGAAGACGCUGUUCGACGUGUGGAUCCGCAGCGGGGUGGUGGACAAGAUGCUGAAGGACCGGCACCAGGAGGAGUUCCACAACACCAAGACCAACAGUGUGCUGACGUGUCCCAACGCAUCAUUCACCGACUUGGCCGAGAUCGUGUCCCGAAUCGAACCCGUCAAGCCCGCUCUGGUGGAUGAAGAGUCGGACUACCAGACAGACUACGAGGAGGAGGCGGUGGGCAGUGCCCUCUCGGACAUGGAGCUUUCCAAUCACCACGGCGACCAUGCAGAGGGGGAGGAGACUGCUGACACUGAUGAAGAAAUGGAACUUAGAUACAGACGACGAGGAUCUCAGCUCUCAAAUGUGUCACCCUGACCCCUCCCACUUUUCUGCCUGACCCCUCCCACUUCCAUCACUGGCCACUCCCACGUUUCCUCAUUCACCCCUCCCGCCUCUUCCACUGGCUUUUCCGUCCGCUUUCAACACGACCGUGUCCAACGUUUUGCACUAUGGUCCCUCUCACAUCUAUCUGGCCCCUCCCACAUCCCUCACUGGCCCCUCCCACAUCCCCUCACUGGCCACUCCCCCCAUGCCUUUGGAAGAAAUGUGUGCGGUGCGGGACUGCGAACAAGUAUUCUGUCCUCUGACAAAAAGUACCCAAAGGCACCCAGGACACAGUAUACAUACAUGCACACAGUUAUGUGUGCUGUGUCUAAUGAAUGUGUGUGUUUUUAUUUCAAAUCAGAAUAUUCUUUAGGUUUUUACACAAAAUGGUAAAUUUACGGUUUUUUUUUGUUGUUGUUUUUUUUUUUUUUACAGUGCAUUACUACCUUUAUAUUCACGCCUUUAUGUAACCACUGAGUAACUGUAAUGGUGCCAUCUUGAGUGCUAGAAACUUCCGUUUUUUUAUAUAGCUGUUAUUUUACCAUGCUCUCGUUUGAUGUAACCAAUCAGCACGAGCCAUGACUAACCUCUCUCACUACCAAAACACACAUACACACACACACACACACACACACACUCACAAGAAAGCCGAUCAAUGCAAGGAUUUUUAUACGUUUUUUUGUCGUCACCUUCUGUGGUUUGUUCAUAGCGAGCAGUGCCUUCGCCUGUGCUCAGUGUUACCGUCCUUACGUUACGCAGCUCCCAGGUUUGCCCCGUGUGGGACUGCUCUGCGACGGGGUCGUGAAAUAUUCACCUGGACAAGCGGGGUCAACGAAAUCCAAUCAGUACACCUUAUUGUAGCUGCUGCAGGUGCCUGGACUGAUUGUGUGCAUGUGUCGUUUGUCUCUCUGUUUGUUUGUUUGUUUGUUUGUUGUUCUUGUCGCCCAUGUUGAUUUGACCAAUGCCUCUUCCGAUGAACCGAUACUCGCUCAGAAUUGCGACAGACUCACGGGAGCCUGUGAAGUGGGGAAUAAUGUCUGAGUGAUAUGAAUUUAUACUAAUCCAAUCUCAGCAUGCGCGUUGGCGAUGUACUUAUGUUUGUUUGUUUCAGAAACAAAAAUGCCUUCGAUCACAACUUAGCCGAACAAUGCUGUGCAAACUCGACUGUACUCAAGAAGACUUUACAAAGACGACUGCUAGCACACGAAAUGGUGUUGUUUUUUUGUGUAAGUUUACAAUGGGGAAGUGCAAAAAGAAGAAAGAAAGCAAGCAAGCUAAUGAACUGAACAAGGAAACCACGAAGGCCUUUCUGGUUUAAAUUUCAUACGGUUGCACUUUGGGCAAGGAGAGCUUUAGGGAAGGGUGUCCCUUAAAUGGAGGUUAUCAGUGAACCCCAGUGUUGCAGUGCUUUAUGACAGUAAUGCAAGAGAUACGGUCUCAUUUUUGUUUCUUUGUUUUUUGUUGUUGUUUAUUUUACAAACAACUUUGUAAAAUAUGAACUACUAAUAAAUUGCACUUAAAUCUUUUAUAGAAUUUUCUGUGAUGUAAUGUUCAUGUAUUCGAUUUAAAGGCUGAAUGAAUUCAA